GUUUUAUUUGAAUACUACAUUUAAAAAUCAAAGUAUUAAUUUAUAAAUGAGUAAUUAUCAAUACAUUUACAAUUAAUUAGCAUAUUCUCAAAAAGCAAGCCAUAGGUGACUGUGGUAAGAAAGGAAUUCCACCAGGAGUAAUGGGUAACGGGCAAUAAAUCGCCCCGUAGAAAAUAAUGUGGGAACAUCUAGGAUACAAUCAUUGAGAAACAAAUGGGGCAUGAACUGUGUAAAAGCCAAAUGACUUCAGGCAUGUCAUACAUCAAAGCAAACAGCCUGGUGAGGAGAAGUGCAUCAUGGGACAAACCAGCACCCCUCUCUCAGUUGGCAGGAGGGCAUUUGGGGAAACAAAAUUGAGAGGGUCACAAAACUACACAUUAACCGACGCAGCCCAGUGUGGUGAGUUGCAUUAUGGGUAACGUAGUUGUAUCGUGAUGUCACGUCAGAACACAUGUUCAUUAAUAGGCAAAAAAAAAAAAAAAAAAAUGGGUGUGUGACAUAUCAAAACACUCAACACGGUGUGAAUUACAGCUCAAGGGGCAUCAAACAGCGAAAUAUGCCAAAUCUGCAAACUCUGGCAACACUGUUAUGUGAAAUGCCAAAAUGUGACCAGUAACGUAGUGAUAUUACUGAUCCCACUCCAUCAGAAAAUAAACACGGAUACACUGUCCAGAACACGACAUGAGAUUGUCCUCUCAGCAAAACAAGCAUUCCGAUUUUCAUUUUUAUGGUACAGCUAAUAAAGAGGUGGAGGCUUACUGCAUAUUCUUAAUAAUGGCAGGUUAUUGCAGUUGUGUCCGCUAGGGGCGCCUCGAGACUGCAGGCUGCAGUCCAAAUGGUUUCACACGCCCUACAGUUUCGUAUAAAACCGCACUGCAUCCUGUAAGCCAGAGUGGCUCAUACACCCUUUGUAGUGCAGCUGUAUUUCCAGUAGGGAGGUAUUUGGCAUUCAUCCAUGGAGUAAACCGGCAUAAACUGCAGAGUUGCACCUCAGCACCCCUUUACCUCCUCACACAGUCUGAAGAGACCGAGAAAGUGAGAAACCCAGCUCAGCUCCAGCACUGCAGACAGACAUGGCCACUAGCACAGAGUCGGCGUGGGCGGACCAGAGUGCCUUCGAUUAUGAUUAUGAGACUGUGCAAACCACCGGUCUGAUUCUCGCCGUGGUAAUGUUUGUAUCCGGAAUCCUCAUAGCCCUGAGUCGAGUCCUAUGGAACGGCUUCCGUCCCCCCAAACAGAGGUUCCCACACAGUCAGUAUAGAGACUAUGCCUUUGGAGAAGAACAUCAGAAGAGCUGCAUGGGAUCGGUCGGAUUUGAAGGCUUCUCAGUUUCUUUCGUCGGACAUGUCAGAGUUUGUUCAGGAUUUUUGUUGUAGCAGGUUGUUCCUUAUCUAAUUGUUUUACACUUAAUACUCAUCGAUUGAUUGAUUGUUUGUCCUGCACAGGGUUCUUAAUGCACAUAUACAGGUGAAUGAGUGAGUGGGAUCCCAUUUUUCUUUCAUUUGUCUGAUAUUUAGUCUAUGAAACUUCCUCCUCUUGUCCUAUUUUCAUGUUUUCGAUACCUCCAGCUUGAUCAGCAUGACUCCUUCUGUAUAUAUAUAUCCUAAAGUUUAAGCUGUCAUACUAACAGCAUUAUUUAUUUGGGAAUAAUAUGAUAUGAUGAUACCCAAAUAUAUGCAGGAGAAUACUCCUUAUAACCUUCAACCCAAGGCUUCUACUAAAGAACAACGCUUGGAUUCUGAUACAUAUGAUAAGCAUGUAAAAAAAAAAAAAAUUGGACAUUUUGUUCAAUAACAUGACAGCAUUGAAAUCAGCUUGAAAUCAAGAAUCGUCAUGAUAUCCAUAAUCCUAAGCCAAAUAAAUGAAUUAAACAAAAGUUGUGCACCUCGAUUAAAGAAAACAAAACCACAAGUUUGAAAAGCACAUUUCUUUUUUUAAUGCCAUUGCAGAAGCUUGAACUGUUUCAUUCAUUACGUCAAUGUGAUACAUUCGAACAGGACCUUUUGUUUUUAUUUUUUUGCAGUGUUGAUGUCGUUUAUUAAACUAUCAUUUUAUUAAAGAAAAAUACAGAACAAGUA